GGAGGCAGCCAAUCAGAUCUCGAGCCGUCUUCUCCGUUGGCUUUGCCGUCAGGCGUCACUAAUCAUUCGCCGAGCGAUCGAUGGGGCCUGCGACCCAGGGUGACUCUCGGCCACGUGGGGAGGGCAUUGCUAGAGGCGGAGAGUUGGGAGCCCGGCGCUUGGAUCGCCGGUUCAGGCCGUAGCUAUGGCGCAGCUUCAGGCUCGCUUCUUUACUGAGGAUACGAGAUACACGAUAGAUGAUGUUCCUUUUUCCGUCCCAGCCGUUUCUGAAACAGCUGACCUCAGUGACGUUAUUAACAAACUACUGGAAGCUAAAAAUGGGAGCCACAAAUAUGUGGAAUUUGACUUCCUUGUCAAAGGUCAGUUCUUGCGAACGGCCUUGGUCAAACACAUGGAAACAGAAAAUAUCUCUACGGAAGAAGUAGUGGAAAUAGAGUAUGUAGAGAAGUAUAUGGCUCCUCAGCCAGAACAGUGUAUGUUUCAUGACGACUGGAUCAGUUCAAUUGCAGCUACAGAAGAAUGGAUUUUAACAGGCUCUUAUGAUCAGACUUCCCGAAUCUGGACAGUAGAAGGCAAACCCAUAACAACUCUUGCUGGGCACGUCGAUGUGGUAAAAGAUGUGGCCUGGGUGAAGAAAGAUAGCUUGUCAUGUCUGCUGCUGAGCGCUUCUUUGGAUCAGACGGUUCUGCUCUGGGAGUGGAAUGUGGAAAAGAACACCGUGAAAGUGCUUCACCGUUGCCGGGGGCAUGCAGGAAGCGUGGAAUCCCUGGCGGUCGAUGGCUCAAGAACAAAAUUUUGCAGUGGAUCCUGGGAUACAAUGUUAAAGAUCUGGUCUGCAGUGCCUACAGAUGAAGAAGAUGAAAUGGAAACGGAGGACGUAGCUGACAGGCCGAGGAAAAAGCAGAAAAUUGAACACUUGGGACUAACAAGAACUCCUCUUACCACGCUGUCAGGUCAUACAGGUGCAGUCUCCUCUUUACUCUGGUCAGAUACAGAUGAAAUAUGCAGCGCUUCUUGGGACCACACCAUCAAGAUGUGGGAUGUUGAAACAGGUGGCCACAAGUCAACAUUGACCGGAAGCAAAGUGUUCAACUCCAUUUCCUACUCACCGCUGUGUCGGCGUCUAGCCUCUGGAAGCACAGACAGACACAUCAGGUUAUGGGAUCCUCGCACCAAAGAUGGUUCCCUAGUGCUGCUUUCACUCACCUCGCAUACUGGCUGGGUGACAUCAGUCAAGUGGUCACCCACCCAUGAACAACAGCUGAUCUCUGGUUCUCUAGACAAUCUAGUUAAAAUUUGGGACACAAGGAGCUACAAGGCUCCCCUGUAUGACCUGGCUGCUCACGAAGACAAGGUGUUGUGUGUGGAGUGGACGGAAGCCGGGUUGUUGCUGAGCGGCGGAGCUGACAACAAGCUGUAUUCGUACAGAUGUCGAACAAACACGUCAGAUGUUGGAGCAUGAAAAAAAAAUCUCUGGUUUUCCCACCAGAUGUUUGUUUUAUAGUUUCUGCUGCUUCUUUUGGUUGCCUGUUUUGAAAUAUCUGUAGAAAAUGUGGUUAGGACUUGUUUAUAACUUAUGCUUUGUGUCUUUGGUUGGCUUGUUGGGGGGAAGCAGUUGACAAUGGCAUGCUUUUGUAUUUAAAGCUAUUCUAAUAAAACAACAUGCCUAACUAUUGCCUGGGCUAAAUGUA